GUUGUGCAAGGUUGGGCAUCAAUCCUGAUGGGGCUAUUAUCGGGAAGCAUUCCAUGGUACACAAUGAUGGUGCUCCACAAAAAGGUUAAGCUGUUGAGGGACAUCGACGACCCCAUGGCGGUGCUCCACACGCACGCCCUUGCCGGAGCCUUGGGCGGAAUUCUCACUGGCUUCUUUGCGGUGCCAAAGCUAUGUCGCCUGUUUUACAUGGUGCCCGAUUGGGACAAGUAUAUUGGCCUAGCUUAUGGACUUCAAACGGGUAGAAUUAGUGCUGGAUUUAAACAAAUGGGGAUCCAACUAGGAGGCAUUGUGUUUGUGAUAUGCCUAAACGUUGUGAUGACUAGCAUCAUUUGUUUGUUGAUUAGGUUGGUAGUUCCACUUAGGUUGGAAAGAGAUGAAUUGGCGAUCGGAGACAGGGCAAUACAUGGAGAGGAAGGUUUUUGGUUUGUGGAGGAAGGUCAAUUCUCAAACAAUACCAAUGCUACUUUUGAGAAUUCAAAGACUAAUACCGUUUAUGAUGUUGAAGACUAUUCUUCUACUGCAUCAAGGGGGUCCAUACGUGAAAUUCAAAUGGUAGUUUGAUUUCUUUUUUCUUUUUUUCUUUUUUUCUUUUUUUGAGUUCUUACUUCUAAUUUGAACCAAAAAAAAAAAGGCAUCCUAAAUCUUGGAUUGUUUUUAAGAUCUACUGUUUUCUAA